CACGAACCCAGACAGUCAGGAAAAGUAUUCAAAAUAAAUUAUGUAAUAACAAAUUCAAAUACUAAAUGCACAAAAGUGGUCAAUAAUUUCACCUCUUUACCGGGGAAUAUUAACAUUGAACUGCUAUUAACAUUAGAGCAAAUGUAAAAUAUUUGGGUGACCAUGGAUUGUUAUGUUAUUGUAAACUUUAGGAAAAACAAUCUUUUGUGUAUAAAGAACUAGUACAUACAUAUAUGAAGUAUGGACGACUCAGCACUUACAAAUCUAGCAAUUGCAGAGCUUAUGUGGGGAUUGCCACGUCAAGAUUCCAACGUAUGUCAUGUGCCACAAGAGCGCAAAAUAAAUCCGCUGGGUAAACCAAACAAAAUGUUUCUAGGACGAACAAUAAACAGUGCGAUACGACAUAACAGGCGGACAACUGAGCGCACGCGGGCAAACUGUCAACAAAAACUUCAGGAAUUAGAUUCCAGACACAAAAGGCGCAAAGAAAAUGUCUUUUAUAACCGAUGCAUCAGGGAAGAACUCAAUGGAACUAGGGAACGUAAAAGUCGGUCCAGUAACAAUCUCAAACAAAGACGCAGUAGCAGAAGCUCGUCUAGAGAAUACCGCUGUCGCAGCAGAGGUCACAAAAAGAAACACAGGAAAACCAAGAAGAAAUCUAAACGAAGACAUCAUAGGAAAAGUCCUAGCAGUGAACUAGCAGUCCCAUCACCCGAGAAAUUAUCAAAUCCUGCAUCAGACGAUAUCGCUUUUAACAAUUUGGCUCUAGCAGUGUCUAUGGCUUACAGUCGACCGCUAUAUCAAACACCCGCUAAUAGGCCACUUCCAUUCGUGUUGUCGUCGACUGACAUUGUUAAGGAGCUAAUGUCGGAUGAUGAAACGCUCAAACAGGAUAUCCAAUUAGAUGAACUAUCUAUAGCAUCUUCAUGUGAUGAAAUUCCAGCAAUUCUUACGAUCGAUGUGAGUUCCCAAGAUGAACAAUCAGACGGCUGUGAGCGCUAUGAUGGCGAAAGUGAAUCGGACAAUUCCAGCUGCAUGAAUCUAACUAUCGUCGAUAGCGAAAGUGAUAUAGAAAUAAUUGAGAGUAAGGUGGAGCAGACAAAAGAAGAACCAUCAUCUUUGGAGUUAACGCACUCGUUAGAGUUACGAUAUACCACCGAUAUUGCUCUUACAGUGGACUUGACUGAAGAUUAGAUACAAAAAAUGAUUUAUAAAUAAAAAAUUAGUAGAAAAUAUUUAUAUAUUAUAUAUAAUGUUAUAUAUAUAUAAUAUAUUUUAUAAAAUUCUGUAUAUAUGUAAAUAAGAUUGAUUUUCGGCAUCCCCGCUUAAUAAAGUAUUUAGAGUGAAAUGUGUAAAAAUUAAA